CAACCAUGACCUUCUCUACACCUGAGCUCGCCCUUGGAGCUGCUUGCUUGCUUGGAGCUGGUUUUGCUGUCUCUCGACGAUGGGCGUCUCGUGCCCCUCGCGUGGAAACUACGGACGAGCCAAAAGAGACGAAGAAGCCCCUGGAGCAUCCGGAUCCUGAUCCUCUGUACGACUUCGAUCUCGCGACUGCCCACACACGGAACCACAUCUACGUCAACAAGACAUUACGCUUUCCCUAUUUUCAGACUAUGGCCCAUCAGCCCAUGAACAUCAACGACUGGAUAGAAAUUGACAAGGACUUACCUUGGUACAUCGAGGAGAAACAGCGUGUCAUCAAAGAGCAGGGAAAGGUCGUGGUCGACUCGCUCCCGGAAAACGACGACGCAUGCGCGGAAAUUCUCGAGCUUCUAGUUGACUAUCUACCUAAGCGUUACCCGACACUCUUUGAGAGUCUCUCCCCGAAUGGCAUAUGGAACAAGGUCACGAACGAGAAGAUCCCAGAUAUUACGGGCAAGUCUGGGGUGGAUGCCCUUCUCAUCGUAUCAAGACUCGUCCAAGAUGAUUUCUUGAUGGGUCGAGAGGGCCCCGAUGGCCAUAUAUAUUUCUCUGGUGGUCUCGUUGCCUUCCCAGGAUUCUAUCUUCUCUCCAACUACAUCGGUCAACCGCUCGAGGUGAUACAUCGUGGAGUACCCCACUUCAACGAGAAGAUCCUAAAGAGCGUUGAGCGUACUCUGAAACGGUUUGGACCGCACGAGUCUUUCGAGCGUACUAGCUGGACCAUGGUCGAUGACCGAAAUCUAUUCUGGCAUAAUAUGGUCACCACCAACGCACUUCCAGACGGCCUCCAGCCGAAGGACAUCUGGCUUCGGAUGGACCAUCAAACUUUCCGAAAACUUCCUCGCUCUAAAGGCAUUGCAUUCGGCGUACAUGUGAUGAUGAAGCGACUCGAGGAUCUUGCAGACAGUCCCCUUGUUCCCUCCCUCCUCGCGAAGAUCCAUCUUGAAGCUGACAAGGACCUUAUGCACCACAAACUCGACGAUGUCUAUCGCGACCGCAUGAUGCCCUAUCUGCGAGAGAUGACACAGUCUCAGCUCGAAAGAGGUCUCAUCAAGGAAGAAGACCUCGACCGAGUCACAGACUUUAGGGAACUCGUGAAAGGACGUCCCAUUCCAAACGCGCAGACAACCUUGAGUCAGCCUACCGAGUCCGAGGCUCAGAUGAUGGUCCACGAGCAACCGCCAACUGUUGUGGUGAAUGCAUGAUUUUUUACGAGACGUACCGGGGUAAACUAGGGUUGUUGGGGCAUUCGGGAUCCUGUACACAUCGUUUGUAUGAUCACUGUCCAAGGUAUCUCACG